AUGUUGUUACUCUUUUGGAUAGUACUGCUCAUACUUCGUUUGCUAUCUUUUCCUCUGUACCCCUUGGUUCAUAUAAGAGGAAAGAAACCGAUUGCUUGCAGUGUCGACCCCGAAACAUACCGUCGCAUAAUAGAGGGGAAAGGGUUGGAUGAAAAACUGCCUAAUCAGCUCAACGCACGUCAAUCUAGAGCCAUUCCAAACCAGCGAUUGCAUGUUGUAUUUGGAAUCGAAAACGCCUUAACCACCGACAAUGAAGCUCAGGCGAAAUGUUUCAUCAGACGAGCUAAAAGCCUGAUCAACUUAUCUCCUAUAGCCUGGGAGUCCUUGUCAGGCUUCGUGCGCAGCGCAGCACAGCGUAGUAUUGACGACGCAAUUGCAGACAGCCCUGACAACACACGUAUCAUGUUAACAAACUUGGUACAAGUGUUGGUCUUGCGCGUGGUAUUGUGCGUGCUAUUCCAGAUGGAAACCGAGGCCCUGGAGAUACCAGACCAUCAUCUACUCCGACUUGCGGAAGCGAUUAACGAUACAUGGAUUUCGUCCAAAGGCAAGACGGACCACGUAUAUUUUCAAGACAACAUUCCUCUCCAAACGUCUUUGGUGACAGUGAUCCCAAACCUGAACUGCCUUAAUCCCCAAGAGAACCCGUUGAAUCUGGUCAUCCCAGGCUUCGAGACCAUGUGGCGAAUUGUCCUGCGUUUCUUCAUCGAGGUACGCUACACUUCAGGGCUCUACCACCGUGAAUGGCGCGAGAUACUAGCUACCUUUGCACAUACACCCACCAAAAAUGAGUUCGAGCGACCCAAAGGCGACCAAAACCUCUCCGCAGAGAUGCUAGUCAACGAGGCACUGCGUCUAUAUCCGCCGACGAAGCGAGUGCAUCGAGCAUUCCUCCCUGCGGGGUCAGAUACAGUCGAAGUGUUGAAUGCGGACAUUGAGAGGGCGCAGACUGCAAUACAUAUCUGGGGUUCCAAUGCGGAAUUGUUUGAUCCACGACGUUGGAGAGCCUUGACGCCGCAGCAGAGAUUCGCGUUCUUUCCGUUCGGCAGUAAGCCGUUUAUUUGUCCGGCACAGGCUGUUUUUGGACCUAGGGCUAUUGCUCUUAUUGUGGGUGUACUGUUUAUAGAACUUGGUGGACAGUGGUCGCUUUUUAAGGAUAUUGAUUGUGCGGAGGGCUUGGUGCCAGGGGUAAAGUUGAGCAACGAGAGAACGGAGUAUCGCAAUUUGUGUCUCGCUCAGGACUGA